AUGAAGCCCGCGUAUUGGGAGUUGGGAGGUGGCGUUGACUGCGGCUCAGAUGUCGGUUUGAAUCCACCGCAACAGGAAACUGCUUCUGGGGAUGACUCGCUGGUACAUAACAUCGAUAGGCAACCGCCGCUCCUGCCACAGAGGCAGAGGCACAUGCUGCCUUUGUGGAUUGUCUUAGCAGGGCUACUUGCUGCGUUGGUUGCAAAGGGCCUCGUCUCGCGGCCGUGGGAUAAGAGGGAGCAAGUCACAGGUCCUAUCAGGGAGAGGUCCGAAUUUGGUGGAAGCACUGAAGUACCCGCAUUUAGCGGUUCAGACCCGGCCCCACCAAGAAGUGAAUUUUCGAAAGAGCACCCUUCCUGGGCUGCCUUGAUUCCAGGCGAUGACUCCUCUGUGCGCAGCACGCAACUGACGCCGCCGUCGAUUUCCCCCAUGCUAACACAACCGGGUGCUCUACCAGACUCUUCAUUAUUAGGACCGUUGCCAGUAGCGUCGACGGAAUUAGGGGAUGCGCUUGCAAUGGGCGACUUGAGGACCCAGCCUAGUCAGGGUGAUAGGCAAGUUGACAUCUUAGCUGCGGAUCCUGCUCAGGACGCACUGUCCCAGCGGACUCCGCUGCGACUGAAGGCAUCAGAAGCAAUGGCGGCAGCGAGGAAUGUAGACAUGAUGGCUAUAAAACCCGCCUCUAGGGGGGGUUUACAGGAAACGCAGGAGGAGAUGGUGAGACGGCAAUUUGAUCUGCCGCUGAAUAAGGUGGGUGAUGGACUGUUGGAUGUAGUAAGUAAUGCAAGGAAGCUGCCUUGGAAUGCGUGGGACUACGAUUCGCGUAUACUGCGCGCCAAGAGCGUUAUCUUGGAGAAAGCGAAUGAGCUGGAGAUACUUAAGGAAAAAAGAAAUGAGGCCUGGAAGGCCUGGAAGGACGUCAGACAGAGGGCCACCGCUGACUUAGGCAAUCAAGAAGCACAGAAGCAGGCUAAGAAGCUUGCUAAGUUGUAUAAAUCCCGUUUGCUUUCCGAGAAGGCUCUGCUAGAGUCGCUAGCUAAGCUGUCUAAUGAAUGGCAAGGUGAAGCUUCGAAGCCGCUCUUAGUCGCGGCAUCACUUGUGUCCUCUCCGGACUUUAAGACUAUUGAGGAUAUUGGUUCUUGUCAUGGAAAACUCCUUAGUGCGCUGGCGGUCGGUAAAAAGGCUCUUAGUGGCUCGACGGGCCUUCUGAAGCAGGUGAGCGGCAAAAACUAUUGUAGUGUGGUGCUUCCAAUCGUCAGCUCCCGAUUGGCUGAAGUUGACCUUUUGAUCAAAAGCAUUGACCUCCCAGAGACUGCAGUGCUCACUACCGAACUGAAGAAUCAGCAGAUAGAGGCAGAGGAUGGAAGGAAUCACGCCCGCAAAAGGCUUAAGGAAGACAAGCAACCCACGUGGAUUGCCAACAUCUUUUAA